UUUUUGUAAAAUUUCAAUCUGACGUUCGAGUUCAAAAGUCAAAUAAUAUUGUAAAAAUAUUUUCGUCUCGCUGCGAUCUUCGUUUUAUCUCUAUUUUAAUAACAAACACGACGGGAACUAUAAAUAACCGUGUUACUCAUGAGUCUGGCCGAACAUUUGAGUACUGUGCCGAUAUAAUAAAGGAGAGCUUGUGGUUAAUUUGUGUUUACAUUUAAGUUUUACGACCACAGUAACAAAAUGCGGUACAUAUUUAUUACGGCAGUAUUUAGCGCAGUUUUCGCUUAUGAAAAAGACAUGACUUUUACUGUACAAGCGGGAAAAAUGGACUGUUUCUUCCAGAAGGUUUUAGUGAAUGAAUUAAUUGAUAUAGAAUAUCAGGUGAUAGACUCGUCGCACGGCGACCACGACAUCUCGUUCCAGCUGGUGGACCCGCUGGGCCGCUCCGUGGUGGCGGACUACAAGAAGCCCGACAACGCGCACAGACACACCUCACUCGUCGAGGGAGACUACAAGUUCUGCUUUGACAACACGUUCAGCACCUUCAGCGAAAAGACUGUAUUUUUCGAUCUCCUGAUAGACACUGAAGAGCCAGAACCAAAAGAUUAUGAUGAUGACAAGGAGCUGGAAUUAGGCACCUCAGCGGAAACCUACAUGAUGCGAGUCAAAGACAUAUCAGACUCUGUCUCCAAGCUCAAAGACAAUGUGUCGACCGCUAGAAGAUUGCAGGAGCUACUCUCUGCCCACGAAGCCAGGGAUAGGAACCUCGCUGAAGAUAUGUGUGACAGGGUUUUGAAGUGGUCAAUGGGUCAGAUCAUACUUAUGACUGUGGUUGGAGUCACACAGGUAUAUUUCCUGAAAAGUCUAUUCCAAGAUCCGAACAAUAGUAAUUUCCAAAAAAUGGUUCCCAACUUCAUGUCACAAUGAUUGACAUGGAUCUCAAUCAAUCAAUCAAUCAGCCUGUUAGCGUCCACUGGACAUAAGCCUUCCCAAGAGACCACCACACAAGGUCCUCCGCCUUCCUCAUCCAUCCACUUCCCGCUACCUUAAGGUCAUCAGUCCAGCGGGUUGGAGGUCAUCCCACACUGCGCUUGCUGAUACGCGGUCUCCACUCCAGAACUCGUCUG